AUGAGUGUCGCUGCCGACCCAUUCGGGUCCCCAUCGACCAAGAGCACUACCACAUCAUCCUCUGCUACCUCCCUCAACACCCUCGCCAAUGAUCAGACUGUAAAAGUUGAGUCUUGCUCUGUUUCAAUCUCGCCUGUUAUCCCUCUACAGGAUUCCCCUACAUCACAACCAAACGUCGACAACAACAAAAAUGAUAACAACAAUGGCCAUCAGCUCGCAUUGAAGGUCGACACGCUCCGAAAGAACCCUCUCUGGCGCUCCCAAUCCAGUCACGCACUCUUCAGUCCCAACCAACUCCAUGGGGUCGUCGUCGAGUCCUUGAAAACACCUGUCAACACCAACCUCCCACACCAUCAGCUAUCUUCUUCCCACAGUUUUGGCAUUGGCGCUUCGUCAUCCGGUCAAAACGAUAUUAACAUCCAUGGUGAUCUGGUGUUUGAGCCAAACUCGCCAGAUCAGAAGGGUAUCCCUUGGAUGCUUUACCGCCAACGAUCGCAAUCCACGGGCGCUAUUUCUUCGUCGGGUUCGUCGAUGAGAUCGGGUGCUGGGAUGGUGGCGGGUGCAGCGGCGAGUAUGAUUGCUUCGGCGUUUGGGAGCCAUGUUCGAUCGACGUUUGGAUCUCAGGAGCGACAGCAGCAACACUACCAGCAGCAGCAGCAGGUGUUGGCGUCGGCUGGGUCGAUUAAGACACCUCUUGGGUCGAUGUUUGGGAUCGAUGCACUCUCCAGCCAGUCCCUCCCUACACCGGCACCAGCGCCGUUGGACAAGAAGGACGUCGAGGUCGAGAUGAAUCCCGCCGCAGAAGAUGGAGAAGACAUCAGGACUGAGCAGCCCAACGCGCCGUUGUCAGAGUGCAACGCUACCCGCCAGUCGUCUUCGAGACCAGUCCUCUUGCCACCUUCCACUCCAGUAUCGACCAUAUCCUCUGGGAUCGCCGUACCCCUUACCACCGCCACAGGAGGAGGGCCGUGGUCGGAUGAUGAUGACCAAUCCUCAUCGGCGUCUACAGAUACGGAAUUGGAGGCGGAUGACCAAGCCGGAAGCUUGCACGUCCAUCGACCAGCGCGUCGUACCAAUAGCGGUCGCACUGGUGGCAAGAGCCAUUACUCGGCUUACCGUCGACGUAUCCAAAGCAUCAGUCAAUUGCAGAACCUUCAACUUGACCAGCAGCAGGAAAAUCAGCGACAACAAAGCCAUCAACCACAAGCAGUCCAGCAGCAACAUGAGCAGAAACAGAGCAGCUUGUACGACUUUAACCACCCUGACGUUGAUGACUCAACGUCCUCAAUCCUGGCCAUUAGCACUGCAAGUUUGGCGACCGCGAAACGAAACACUCAAGAGAUGGACGGUACACACUCUAUGCACUUUUUCAACCGCCACCUCCAACGCGUCCAACAACAAGUCAAUGGAAGUUAUGGAAGACGACCAUCAGGGCAUGCAAUGGACGCUAGUAGCCCCUCGACCUUCUCCAGCGCGACCAUGUCCCCUGCCUCGUGCACCACCACAACUUCGAUGCAUUCUGCCAUGACUGCUGGGUCUGAUACGACCUCGUAUGCUUCAAGCACCACCUCGGGCAUCUCUGGGACUACCUCUUCUUCUGUCUAUACGCUGUCGUCCUCGGAUCCAUCCGAGAUAUCCAUCACUCGUACCACGACUGCCUUAUCACAGUCGUCGACACUUUGUGGAAAUACGGCUGCUACUUCUUCGAACAACAAGAUCCCGCUCCGCGCGCGAGGCGUGCGCCGAUUCAUCCGCUGGACCCACCUCGACGUAUCUUUCCGCCCAUUUUCAUCCUCAACUCCGGAACACUCUGAGAAAUCAGGAGUCAAGCGGGACGCAAGCUCUACUACUCCACUCCAAGAAAUCUCCAGUCGCGAAAACCGGUUCUACGGCAAAGGCCAACCCACCUCUAGCAGCAACACCACAUCUCUUCACGGCCCACCUCGCAGGAACGGCAAAAAGGGUCCCAAACGGCCCGACGCAAAAGCCUUCUUCUCCAACGAGCGUACCUAUAUGCACUGGAUAAAAUUCGGUCUCCUCCUCGGUUCCAUGGCCCUCACCCUGUUGAGCUUUGGAAAGUCCAUGGGUAUGCAAGUGGGGCUGUUUUUGGUCCUGGUAGCCAUGUCGUCGUUGGUGUAUGCGACGACGAUUUUCCAUUUGAGGGAUCGGUGGAUGAAGCAGUUUAGGCUGGAUGUGUUGUACUAUGAUCGUGUGGGGCCUUCGGUUCUGUUUAUGGCGCUCUUUGUCGCCUUUGCCACCAAUGUUGCCCUAACGGUGUUCAAGUUGAUGAGUGAGGAUGGCAGCGAUGACGGCCACAACUUUUACAAUGGCUACCAAGAUGGACCAUUGGAUAUCUAA